GUCAACAGCUUCAACGCAACAACUGCGACGACAGGAAUCUCGUGAGCCCAGGUUUUCAGCCUCUCACAUCAGACACCAGGCAUCAACACCGCCGACGUCAAGACUAACUGCCAGUGGAUACUUGCUUCGUGGCUUGGGCGGCUGACCCAGAUGUGACGACCAUCACCAUCAAUGAUGAAAACAACGAUAACUUCACUUCAACUCUGAGCACCUUGGUCAACUCCGAUUUGUCCCCUGCAGACGAUCUUGAAAGCAAGCGCCAAACGGGGCGUGCAUAUGCACUACAAGUCAACAGCUAGGACAUUCUAGACUAGACCAGUCACCAAUCAUCCCACUCAGGUCCGCAUCGCCUCUCCUCCGCCGUAUAGGCUUCAAGAUACCAGAUAUCUCGUCCAGCCAUGCCAGCCGCAGUCGCCUCACGUUGGCAGGACCGUCGUCGACGUGUUUUCCAGUCUGUCUUCCAAACGGACCUGUCACCACCCACACCACAGGCAGUACCGCUUCCAUCAGCAAAUCUUAGCUUCAGCCAAGGACUCCAAUAUCACUCUGGCACAGGACCAACAGUGACUUCCGGCUCAUUCUAUGACGAGGAUACCCAGGACACUACCCAGCCCGCUUUCUUCAACCCACCCGACCAAGGUCUUCUAGUUUCACACACCCCCUCCAACUCAUUUCACAGCACCGUUACCGCCGGCUCACAGCCUUCACAACUCUUCUUCGCUGCUCCAGAUACAGGGACUGGUGACCAGGCUGCAUAUGAUAAUGCCUGGCGUCUCGUAACCGCUCGAAUUACCCUCCCGUCCUCCGUCACAUCACCAACAUUGGCAGGUAGCCUACCACCGGACGCAGCUUUGCCCUCUAAUGCCGAGUUCUGUGACGCUUUGGCCCAUAUCGUUCACGCCUCGACGCUACUGCCCGGAGCCAUACGGACGGACGAUGUCUUUGCCUGGCAUACCCACCAGGUGCGAGCUCAUUUUUCACAACACGUGAUACCUCUGUUAUCGGGCUGCUUGGAUACGGGGAGCACUGGAGAUGGUGACCCAGAAAGGAAAGGGAGUGAUCAAGAGCGGGCCAAGAACAGCCACUAUGAGCGUCACAUGGUCAUUGUCAUGAGCAGCAUUCGUACACUUGAGGCUGCCCUAAGACUUUACUCACACGGAUUCGACCUACUCGUAAAGGGCAUCACCCACGCUGAAAGUGCUGCUGCCUUUGGAACCCCAGCUGUAAAUGUCGAGGUUUUGGCAAACCACUUUCGGAGAGAUAUACACGCCCUCGUAGGGAACUCGAUCUCACAGCAGUUAACGAAAUCUCUGCGGAUUGUUCUAGUCCGUCUCGUAGGCAACGUCCUAGGCAUUCCAUCUGAGGACGAUGAUGGUGCGCGUAACCUCAAAUCUCGACGGCCAGCUCCCCCUACCGAUGAUGACUUCAAAGCAUUGGCAGCGAGACAACGUCUCCACGAGCUUGUUGAACAGCUACACAACGUGGGUCUUGCCGGUGAGCGCUUCCAGGUAUUAUUCGCCGAAGUCAUGGACUGGAUGAUGUCGGCUUUUGUGUGCGGAGCAUAUGCUGGAGUAUGGUCGGCGACGGACAGACGCAGCUUGUCAAGCGUUUUGAAUACGGUGUCUAGGGGUACCGGUUCAUCUGUCACUUCGCCUUGUAUCAUCUCCCUCAUGGACUGGGUUGAGAACCACUUUGCCCGGUUGAGCUUCGAGGUCCUGUCCCGAAUCUCUCAUGCUUCUGUGUCACCGGUCACGCUCUCUGACCUCAAGACAUACCAGUCACUUGCUCUUAGUCGUUUGUCGACGCUUCGCAUUGCUGAGCUCUUCGAUAUCGUUCUGGCGUGGCCGGAUUCACGGGGAGCACUUGAUGACCUGCGCGCAACCAUCACCACCUCCGCCAGGAGGCUUCAACUAACAUCACACUUUACCCAAGCUUUAAAGACACGUCUGUUACACCCUGGGUGCAGUACACUCGAGAUUCUUCAGACCUACAUUGACAUUAUCCACACUUUUCACGCUCUCGAUCACAGCAAGGUCCUUCUAGGACACGUUGAACCGUCUCUGAAACUUUACCUGUGGCAGCGCGAAGAUGCAGUACGCAUCGUGGUGACAGGCCUGCUGGCCAGCCCGGACGAAGUGCGUGCCGCAAGAAAGGUCAAGGAAAUUAGCAAGCAACAGGCGGAACAGAAGAAAGCCGGAAAAAGGCCAGAAGCCAGUACGCGCCGCGGUGCCAACAAAGGGCCAGUUGUGACACCUACCACGACAGGAAGAUCGAGCAGAACCCCGAAUGCAACAAGGCAAAGAGAUGGCCUAGAUGAAUCCAGCUCGAAAGCUCACGGCGCAACCCCGAUCAAGAGCAGAGCUUCCGGUACUGGCAAGCUCGUAGAACUUGCUCUCCUCCUGAACGAUCCGACCAAAACCCGUCAUACCCUCGUCGAAGAUGAAGAGCUCGACUGGAACGACAUGAACUGGGUUCCAGACCCCGUCGAUGCGGGCGCCAAUUACAAGCGGCCCAAGAGUGAAGAUGUCAUCGGCACGCUCAUUUCGGCCCUCGGAAGCGAAGAUGUCUUCAUCAAGGAGUUUGCCUCCAUCGUCGCCGAGCGCUUGCUGAGCCUCAGUGACCCAGCUCGCUUCGACCAAGAGCUACGGGUCCUCGACCUCCUGAAGCGGCGGUUCGGCGAGGCGGCCCUCCAGAACUGCGACGUCAUGAUCAAAGACAUCGAAGACUCGCGACGCCUCGACGUCGCCAUCCGCCGAGCCUGGGACGAGCAGCGGAGAUUAACGGCAGCGACGCCCGUGAUGAUGUCAGGCCACUUCCUCCGAUCAGCAGACAAGCGGAAGAAGGCCGCACUCCAGCGACAGCAGCAACAGGAACCGACCCAAUACCACGCCCGCAUCCUCUCCCGUCUCUUCUGGCCCGCCCUCGACCGCGAACACUUCCUCCUCCCCGACCCCAUCAUCGAAGAGCAGAAGCGCUACGAACAGGGCUACGAGCACCUCAAGUCGAACCGCAAGCUCACCUGGCUCAACCAGCUCGGCACCGUCCGCGUCGAGUUGGAGCUGCGCGACCGCACGGUCACCAUCGAUUGCACCACCCCCCAAGCAACCGUCAUCUAUGCAUUCAACGACUCCGAUGACGACGACGACAUUGAAAUCGACAACAACGCAAGCAAACCCCCCGGGGCACGCCGCACCGUCGACGAGCUCUACACCACCCUCCAAAUGGACGAAGACCUGAUUACCUCUUGCCUUGAGUACUGGGUUUCCAAGAAGGUCCUCCGACGUCUCCGCUCCCCUUCUUCCCCCCAGGGGGGAUCCUACACCUACGUCGUAAUCGAAAGCCUCAGCGACCCUAUUGUCGACGAAGAAGACCACCCCACCAAGGACGAUGAUGACCCCUUCGGUAACCACCCAACUUCCACGACAUCCCCCCAGGAAGCAGGACAAGCAGCAGAAGGCCCCGAAGAAGAAAGCAACAAACCAGCCAUAGACCCCAAGGAACUAGAACGUCGCACCAUGUACUGGCAGUACAUCAAGGGCAUGCUGACGAACGCGAGCGCGUCGAUGCCGCUGGCGCAGAUGGCCAUGAUGAUGAAGAUGCUGAUUGCGGACGGGUUCCCGUGGACGAAUGAGGAGCUGGGGGAGUUUUUGGCGGAGAAGAUUGCCGAGGGGGAGAUGGAGGUUGUUAGUGGGGGCAAGUAUCGGUUGGUUAAGAAGUGAAACGAGUUAGAGGUGAGGGUCGUGAGGAAAGGGUAUGAUAGGUUGAGGGAAAGAAGAAGGAAAAGAAUGCUUUAGUGGAAGGGUAGUGGUUGAUAGGAAUAUGUUUUCUGGUCAAGGGUUAUGGUAGUAGAGGAUGGGUGUAAGUGCUUUUACUUAACUGAGUGCCUUGCAAUAUCACUUCAGUAUGGUCAUACAAUGAUGUUAAUAGUAGCAGACUGGCAAGACUGGUUAAAGGCUGACGAAGUAAUCAUUGAGUCUUCCCGGGAGAUGGCCUGUCUG